CCCCACCCCUUCGCACACAAGAUGGCGGCGCCCAGCGGAGUGGAGGCCGCACCUGGGGCUUGCUGAGGUUGACUCCCUUUCCACUUCCCCCUUGGGCGCCGAGCCCCGCGAGCCCAGAGGACGGGGGCCGGGCGGGGACAGGGGCACCUGCGUAGCUGGACCGCGAGCCCGCGCCCAGCCUACGCCGCCCCCACCCGGCCCCGGCCCGGUCCAAUCCCAUCCGUUCCCGGUCUGCUCUCCAUCUGACUCAUUGCCUGUCGUGGUACACCACCACCAGGCCCCCAAAGCUGAAGUCUCUCCUCCAGCUCGGGCUCACCUCCACUUUAGAGAUGUUUGGCCUCUUCUCUCCCAAACAGCCCGCCUUCAAAACCGGGACUACUGGACCAGCACCUGGCCCCCGUUCCUUCCACUGAGCCGCCACUUGCCUCUAACCUACUUUCUCAGAUUUUUGAUUCUCUCCCUGGAUUGGAGACUGCUCAUGCCCCUUUCAAAAUAACCCCCAUCCAUCCCCCAAGUAUUGGCAAUCUUGACACCCCUCUCAACCAGGAGCCAGACUUCCUCUAUAGCCCUAUCAUGGAGGCUGUGUACCUGGUGGUGAAUGGUGUGGGCCUGGUGCUGGACGUGCUGACCUUGGUGUUGGACCUCAACUUCCUGCUGGUGUCCUCCCUCCUGGCUUCCCUGGCCUGGCUCCUGGCCUUCAUCUACAACCUGCCACACACGGUACUGACUAGUCUUCUGCACUUGGGCCGUGGAGUCCUGCUUUCACUUCUGGCCUUUAUUGAAGCCUUGGUCCGGUUCACCUUUGGCGGCUUGCAGGCCUUGUGUACCCUGCUGUACAGUUGUUGCUCUGGCCUAGAGAGCCUGAAGCUCCUGGGGCAUCUAGCCUCUCAUGGGGCACUGAGGAGCCGGGAUAUACUGCACCGAGGUGUCCUCAAUGUGGUCUCCAGUGGCCAUGCUUUGCUACGCCAGGCCUGUGACAUCUGUGCCAUUGCUAUGAGCCUGGUGGCCUACGUGAUCAACAGCCUGGUCAACAUCUUCCUCAUUGGUACUCAGAAUCUCUUCUCCCUGGUGCUGGCCCUUUGGGAUGCAGUGAUGGGGCCACUGUGGAGGAUGACAGAUGUUAUGGCUGCCUUCCUAGCUCACAUUUCCAGUAGUGCUGUCGCCAUGGCCAUCCUCCUCUGGACCCCCUGCCAACUAGUAUUGGAGCUCCUGGCCUCAGCUGCCCGCCUUCUGGCCAGCUUUGUGCUCGUCAAUCUCACCGGCCUGGUGCUGCUGGCUUGCGUGCUGGCAGUGACGGUGACUAUGUUGCACCCUGACCUCACCAUGAGGUUGGCCACCCGGGUCCUCAGUCAGCUCCAUGCCCGUCCAUCCUACCACCGGCUCCGAGAGGAUGUUGUGCGGCUAUCUCACCUAGCACUGGGCUUGGAGGCCUGGCGCCGAGUGUGGAGCCGCAGCCUGCAGCUGGCGAGUUGGCCAAACCGGGGAGGGGCCCCUGGGGCCCCUCAAAGUGGCUCUAGAAGGGUAUCCUCAGCCAGGACCUGGCGACAGGACACUCUUCCUGAAGCAGGGCCCAGAUCAGAGGCUGAGGAAGAGGAAAUCAGGAUGGCCAGAGCGACAGCUUCCCGGGGCCGGGAGAGGCUCAAUGAGGAGGAGCCUAUAGCUGGGCAAGACCCGUGGAAGUUGCUGAAGGAGCAAGAGGAGCGGAAGAAGUGUGUCAUUUGCCAGGACCAGAGUAAGACUGUGCUGCUUCUGCCCUGUCGGCACCUGUGCCUGUGCCAGGCCUGCACUGAAAUCCUAAUGCGCCAUCCCAUCUACCACCGCAACUGCCCACUCUGCCGUCGGGGCAUUCUGCAGACCCUCAAUGUCUACCUCUGAAAACUCCCUGCCCGCCCACCUCUCUAGCUUCAUGCUUUACACAGCCCCCUGUGCUAGGACAACAUUAACACCUGAUCUCCGAAGUCCUGGCGUGAAUCCUGUCCUGCCUCCAUGGCUGUCAUGCCAAGCCUCCAAGCCAUACAUCCAGGACAUUGCAAUGGGAUACUCUGGAAGACUGUGACCUGGGUGGGGACAGGAUAACAGCUUCUCUUUACCCAGUGGGUCUCUGCAAUGCUGAGGUGGUGAGUGUGUCACUAUGCAAGACCCUGGGACUGUUUGCUGUGGACUCACCUCCAGCUUGCCAGGGCCUAUCCAGAUGCCACCUCUGGGGCUCCCUGUCUGUGCUUCUAGUUUUUCUGUUGGGGAUUUGCAAGUCCUUUCCUCUCCCACUCCCCACUGGCUCCCCAGCUUCUGCAGCCACAACACAUCAGUGUCAUUUGGGUAUUUUGGCACCUUGGGCCUUGGAAUGAUUUUGAACCUUCACUUUCAGCCAGAGCUCCUGUGCCUGGUAGGUUUUGGGGGUAGUAUCUCUCAGGUGCCCUUAGAGCUACCACUUCUGCUUGUCGUGAUCUUAUCAGGCUCCUUUCCAACCUGAUCCAACAGCUAGAAUCAAGAGUUUACCUUUGAGAGGUGGGUGGUGUCUGCACUUGGCUUUGGGACCAUGUACUCUCUGGCACCCCAGCUCCACUAGGAGCCUCAGGGGAGAUAACUACUUAUAUUCCUUUCAUUCCCCACAUCAUAGAGAAAACUGGCAUUCCCCUUCUAUUUGUUUCUCCCUGGCAUUGGGGAGGGCAGACUGUACACAUUUCAAUAGAGUCCAAACAGUAGGGGACAGGGCCUAGGAGCAUGCAGUUCCCUGAGGGGUCUCUCUGGCCCAGUUUCCAAUGAAUAAAGUUCUGUUGACAGCUCUGACA